AUGCUGGGAAAGAUCGCUCUUGAAGAAGCCUUUGCGCUUCCCCGCUUCCAAGAAAAGACAAGAUGGUGGGCUGGCAUGUUCGCUACCGAUGUUGACAAGCACACUGCCGAGAUCACCGACGUGGAUUCCAUCAGAUUGAACUUCGCCGAGAAGCACGGCGUCGGUCUCCAGAUCCUCUCAUACACCGCGCCCGGCGUACAGGAUAUCUGGGACGCAAAGGACGCCCAGGCCCUCGCCGUCGAAAUCAACGACUACAUCGCCGAGAAGGUGCAGGCGCACCCGGAUCGAUUCGCUGCCUUCGCAACCCUCUCCAUGCACGACCCCCAAGAAGCAGCCGCAGAGCUCCGCCGCUGCGUAACAAAAUACGGGUUCCUCGGCGCCCUCGUUAAUGAUACACAGCGCGCAGGACCAGACGGCGAUGACAUGAUCUUCUACGAUAAUGAAAAAUGGGACGUCUUCUGGCAAACAUGUACCGAGCUCGACGUGCCUCUUUAUCUCCACCCCCGCAACCCCACCGGAACAAUCUACGAGAAGCUCUGGGCUGAUCGCAAGUGGCUUGUUGGUCCCCCUCUUUCGUUCGCACAGGGUGUGAGUCUUCAUGCGCUGGGUAUGGUUACUAAUGGAGUCUUCGACCGCCACCCUAAGCUGCAGAUUAUCUUGGGCCAUCUUGGCGAGCAUAUCCCAUUCGAUAUGUGGAGGAUUAAUCACUGGUUCGAGGACCGGAAGAAGUUGCUUGGGUUGCAGGAGACGUGCAAGAAGACUAUUCGGGAGUACUUUGCGCAGAACUUGUGGAUUACUACCUCUGGUCAUUUCUCGACUCCUACUUUGCAUUUCUGUAUGGCUGAGGUUGGGGCUGAUCGGAUUUUGUUCUCCAUUGAUUAUCCGUUUGAGACUUUCGAGGAUGCUUGUGACUGGUUUGAUAAGGCUGAGUUGUCGGAGCCUGAUCGUCUGAAGAUCGGGAGGGAGAACGCUAAGAAGCUGUUUAAGCUGGGUGCUUACAAGGAUAGUACUGCUUGA